ACAAACAUCACAGGACGCAAAAUUCUACGCAAUUUCUCGAAAAUUUUCUCCUUUUUCGAACGAAAACAAGCCAUUAGUUGUUCAAUUUUCCGUAAAACAUGAACAGAAUAUCGAUUGUGGAGGAGGCUACGUAAAACUUUUCGAUUGUUCUCUUGAUCAAACUGACAUGCAUGGAGAAUCGCCUUAUGAAAUUAUGUUUGGUCCUGACAUAUGUGGACCCGGAACCAAGAAGGUCCAUGUAAUAUUUAGUUACAAAGGAAAAAAUCAUCUAAUAAACAAGGAUAUACGCUGUAAGGACGAUAUAUACACCCACUUUUACACUUUAAUUGUUAAACCAGAUAACACGUACGAAGUAUUAAUUGACAAUGAGACUGUACAGUCUGGAAACUUGGAAGAUGACUGGGAUUUCUUACCACCAAAAAAAAUUAAAGACCCAAGUGCAAAGAAACCAGAAGACUGGGAUGAUAGGGCCACAAUACCUGAUCCAGAUGAUACAAAACCCGAAGAUUGGGAUAAACCACAACUUAUUCCUGAUCCCGAUGCCACAAAACCCGAAGACUGGGAUGAUGAAAUGGAUGGAGAAUGGGAACCCCCCAUGGUAGAUAAUCCUGAAUACAAAGGCGAAUGGCAACCAAAACAACUCGAUAAUCCUAAUUACAAAGGUUCAUGGCAACACCCUGAAAUAGACAAUCCCGAAUAUAGUCCGGAUCCAAACUUAUAUCUUAGAAAGGAAAUUUGUACAAUCGGUUUUGAUUUAUGGCAAGUCAAGUCGGGAACAAUAUUCGAUAAUAUUCUUAUUACUGAUGAUAUUGAAAUGGCAAUGGAUAUUGCGGCCAAUGUUAAGAAUACUCAAGUCGGAGAAAAGAAAAUGAAAGAAGAACAAGAUGAAGAACAAAGGAAAAAAGAUGAGAACGAACAGAAGUCUUCAGAUUCAGAUGACGACGAUGAAGAUAAAGAAGUUUUAGAACAUGACGAUGCCUCCAAUGAUCAUGAUGAACUUUAG